GUUCCCCCACCCGACUCUCCCACCAACCAGCUCUUCCAGCCUCCGAAGGCCACCGCUGUGCUGUGCCCAUCUUCCGCUCCGCUCCACAACGCCGUUCCACCGUUCGCGACCACGUCGCCGUCAGGCGACCACACCAAUCACAGACCGUGCUCGCGACCACCGCCCCCGCCCCGGCCUCCGCGGGUCCGCCCAACCAAUGGGCACCCCCGGCCCCAACCUCACAGCUCUCGCGAUUCGCUGCAGCGGCGGCCGCCUCUUCGAGCGGUAGGGUUUCUGGCUCUGCUCGCCGUCUUGGCCUCGUCGGUGCGGGAGGAAGUCUCGCCGGGGCGCCGUCGCGAGGCGGGCCCGCGAGGAUGUUCGGGUCGGAGCUGAAUCUCCUGAGCGCCGCGCUCGGCUUCGGCAUGACCGCCGUCUUCAUCGCGUUCGUCUGCGCUCGGUUCUUCUGCUGCCGCGCCCCGGCCGCGGACGACGGCGGUGCGCAGCCGCCGCUGGACUUCGACGCUGACUUCCCCGCGGAUCUCAGCCGCCAGAUGGAGCAUGCUCAUUGCGGAUUGGAACCUUGGGUUAUUUCCGCGAUUCCAACCAUGAAGUAUAACUUUGAGGCCUUUCAUUCAAAAGAUGAUGCCCAGUGCUCCAUAUGUUUAGGUGAAUACAAUGAGAAAGAGAUUCUACGAAUCAUACCAACAUGUCGUCAUAACUUCCACCUUAUCUGCUUAGAUGUAUGGUUGCGGAAGCAUACGACUUGCCCAAUGUGCCGGGUCUCAUUGAAAGAACUUCCUGAUGGAAAGGCUGAUGUAAUACCUGCACGUGGCAUCCCUGAAUCUCCUACCAUCCCAGCUGUUAACCCAACACCCGAAUGGUUCCUCCCUACUCAUCGAGUUCACGGAGGCCAACAGAACAGUACAGGCACGCAAGAAACAGUAGAAAUGGUUAUUGAGAUCCGACAGUAAAUCUAUCAUGAGAUUGUCAUGGAAAAGAAGAGAGAAUAUGCAAUUAAUUUCCCUGCAACAUGCCAUCACGGCUUCACUGUUGCAGCACCGGAAUAAAAUCAGAAUUGUAGGGAACCUCGUUGCAAUUGCAAGUAAUGUAAACAUUCACUGUACAUCUCGAAAUGUAGAUUAACGUAUUGUAUUAAAUUAUAGGACAUCUAUGCUCUUGGUGUUCUUUUCUUAUGCUUUAGUUGCUGAAUCCAAACUAACAAAAGUAAAGCUUGGAGUUACAAAGUGUGGCAUGUUUCCUUA